UUGCAUACAUGAAAUUGCUAAAAGUCUUUUUUAUUAAGAAUCUAAGUAAUUUUGCAAUCUUUGCGAUAAUAGGACUUCUAAUUUGCAUACCUUGCUUUUGUCGUAAAAGACAUACACCAGCACAUCAUAGAUUUAAAACAUCAACUGACCGAAAUAUAAGGAAAGUUUGCAUUCAAUAUAAUCAAACACUAAAAGCUCGUCAUAAAACAUGUUUUCUUCGACCAGACACCGGGCCCUGUCGAGCAGACAUCAUACAAUGGUACUAUGAUGUGAGGCAGAGCAAAUGCUACAGAUUCUUCUGGGGUGGUUGUCAAGGCAAUGGCAACCGUUUUGAAACACAGGAACGGUGCUAUGAAUAUUGCUUCUUGGAUGUUAAAGACAGUCAGGCUCAAAUCCCACAUUUCUGUUCAUUGACAUUUAACUAUGGUGACUGUUUCGGAUAUUUCAAUCGAUGGGCAUGGGAUACAUUGGGCAAGACUUGCAAGCGCCAUCUAUAUUCAGGGUGCGGUGGUAAUCAAAACAACUUCCAAACGUACCAAGAGUGCAUGGACACAUGUCUAAAACCACCAAACAACACAUUGAGUAGAAGUCAUUCCUUCACCACUUGUAUACCCGCGAUUAAUAUACCUGAAGUUCAUUGACACAUUGAAAUAUAUUUAUACGGUUAAUAAUUCAUAAAGAAAACAGAAGAAGUGUUGUGAUUAUCGAAAUGCUGAUAAUUAAUGUAUAAAAGAAUAAUAAAGAUAAUAAAUUCAAUA